UCCACUCAACCUCGUCUCUGUGUUUCUCGUCGGACAUCGUCUUCGACUGUCUCUCCGCUCGACUUUUCGUUUCAUUUCCGUCGGGCUUCUACGCUCUGUUUUUCUCGUUGAACUUCUCCGCUUUGUGUUUCUUUUCGGACUUCUCCGCUUGACGGUGCAAUCGAAGGAGUCAGCUGGGAUGCUUCAUUAUUUGUCUGGAGGGACGUGGGAUCCUAGUGAAUCAUCCGUUCAAUUUUGGGAUUUAAGGACAAUGAAGAAGACAGACUCGAUUGCGUGCUCGGCGUAUAUUCGUAAUGUGGAUUACAACCCCAAGAGGAAACAUUUACUUGUAACUGCUGAGGAUGAAACUGGAAUAUCUCUCUGGGACCUUAGGAACCCAAAAGUCCCUAUUCAACAGCUUCCUGGACACACCCACUGGACUUGUGCUGCUCGUUGUAAUCCUGAAUAUGAUGGGCUAAUCUUGAGUGCUGGGACUGAUUCAGCUGUCAACUUAUGGUUGCCAUCUGUGUCUAAUGGUGAACUGAAAUCGGAAAGUUCAUGUUCUUGUUUGGGAUGUUUCUUUUUCUUUCUCUUUAAAAUUUAUGCUGAUACUUGUUAUUUAUAUAAACUUAUGAGCAGGUCGGUUGAUUCACCACCACAGCAAGGUGAUCCAUUAUUACAUUCUUACAGUGACUACGAAGACAGCGUUUAUGGCCUUGCUUGGAGCUGUCGUGAGCCUUGGAUCUUUGCAUCAUUGUCCUAUGAUGGGAGGGUCGUUGUAGAAUCAGUGAAGCCUUUUCUCUCGAGAUAAUGGAUUUCAUCUUGGAUUUUCUUUCCCAAUAUUGAUUGCUUCCUCGGUGGGCUACUGGACUUGCGUUAACCCUCCCCUCAAAGCUUACAUCUGUUCCACAGCAGGAGUGACCAUUGUUACUGAAUUUAGUUCAAACAAAACUUCACUCGUCUUUAUGACGUUAUUUACGAGAUCGCUGGACAAGCAUGACCACAGUAACGGAGAAAUUCUACUACCCAAGGAGUAAUUUUAUUGUUCUGAAGAUGCCAUAGCUGUUAUGAACAAGCCAAGUACCUUUCUUCUACCAUUUGUUGCGUUGAACUUACUC